UAUGCCAGGGCUGAAUCAUUGCCGCUACACAAAAAUAAACAUCCUAUUUCUACCAAACAGUUUCAAUAAAGUUCUGUAAAGCACAUUCGCUUUUCUUGGUAAAUAGAUAAUCUGUCUGGGUUCAACAUAGUUCUAAAGGUUAUUUAGCUCUGUGAGCUGUGGCAGGCAGCCUGCAACUUAAGAAACACAGCGCGCCAGUGACCAGCGCUCUGCAGUGCGAAAUACAAUAACUUGAAUCACUUCAGAGUGAACCUGCGCGAGAAACGGCACGCCAGGGACCAGUGCCCAACACAGAACCUUUGCGGCACGAAAGACAAAUCACUUGAAUCAAGUCAGAGUGCACCUACGUGAGAACCUGCAAGAAAGAUACAUGGAUCAAGAGGGACACCUUUACAACCAGUCCCUCGACCUGGUCUCAGUCGCUGAUGGUAAGGCAGACACCAUCGUUGCCGCCAUCAAGGUGGUGCUGCACAUCAAAAAGAUACCAACAGAGAUUGUACGACACUGAUGGGGCUGCAGUGAUGACUGGUAUGGACACAACACAAAGUCUUAGCAUUAACAAUUUAUUCCAAACAAAUUUUCCACAGUAUGUCCUGUGAUACAAACAGGACAACUUAGUGGUGUGGCAAAACAGCUAAAGGAUGCCUUCCUGUGGACGGUGCCUGUGGCUUGUGCUGCCCACUGCAUUGCUCUGGCCUGUAAAGAUCUGUGAGGUCCCCUAUAUGGACACUAUCAAGGAGCACCUGCAGCAGCUCCAUAGUUACUUUGCCAAAAGCAGUAACAAGACAGAAGUCUUGAAAGCUGCUUCAGCGACCUUGGGACUUCAGUACUUAAAAGUGAAGGAAGUGAAAGAUGUUUGCUGGCUGUCCCAGCACCUGGCCGUGGCUAAUCUUCAGCGAAACCUCAGCGCAGUAUUGGCUGAGGUGAACCGGUGUCCAACUGCUAAGGGCCUUGACGCUGUCUGUGCCAUGUACAGAUUUGUGGCAGCACUUUACCUGCAGGGGGACGUGCUGCCACGCCUGACGCGGCUUUCAAAAGUAUUCCGAAAGGAGGAUGUAAACUUCCUGGCCAUAAAAGAGCAGGUCCCUGUGACAAUGGCAUCACUCCUCGCCAUAAAACAUUCUGGUGAUUCCCAGGGGUCAUUUCUGAGCCAAGUCCACCAGGACCUCGAUGACCCAAUGGGUCUGGGCACAUUCAACAUUGAGGAGAGGGAGAGGCCCGUUGGAGAAGACCAAGACCAGAGAGCAGUUCUGGGCUCGGUUCAGAGAGGAGGCAGUUCUUGCAAGCGCCAGAGGCUGCUAUGCUGCAAGAGUGGCCCGCUUACAAGCAACAUGUGCUAGUUGGAGCAUUCAAGGGCUUGGACCAGCUGAUGGCAAAGACAAAGCUGGCCUCGCAGUUUGAUGAUUGGGGACAGCUCUAGCGCCGUCUUACCCAGCUGGUAGCAAUUGCACUGACUAUACCAGUGUCUUCCGUUAAUUGUGAGAGGGACUUCUCGGCAAUGCAACAAGUCAAAACAGACUUGAGGAACAGCAUCUAGCCACCUGCAUGCAGCUCUUCAUCAAUGGCCACCCCCAUCAAGGAGCUUCGAGGGAGGUCGUUGGAAAUCUGUUUCCCGAAAGCCCAAUAGUUUACAGCCUUUGUCAGAGCACAUUAUUCUAUGUCAGAAAUAGGUUGUCGUCAGAAUCUGGAAAGAGAUUUCCAACACUCUUUUGUGAGGAACAUGAAUUAGUGGACUAAUUCAUGUUCAGUCAAAUGUUCCUCUGUUAAUUUUGUCAAGAUAAACUUUUUAUUUCAGAAAUGUCUCUGUUUCUUUAGAUAGCUGCAGCACUCAACCUUAAAUUGCAUCCUGUAUACCAGGUAUUCCCAAACUGCGCAAUGCAGUCGGGGGUACGCCAAAUAAAAAUGUGAUUCACAUUAAAAAAUAUAUUAUUUUAAAAAAUUCAAACAGUACAUUUAUAUUUUCAACAGGGAUUUACAUUUGGGUUCUUUUCUCGCCUGAGUAGCCUCGUUUCACUGCCCAAAAUAAAGAUUCAACCAUCUAGUAAUCAGCGAAAUAACAACACAAUGUCAAAUACAGGUAGCCUAGU